CCCAGCAUGGCGCCACCACCGCACAGCAAACCCGAGAAUACUCUCAAACGUGCCCAAGAACUCAUCGGAGUGCAGCAGCCCCAGGCUGCUCUGCAACUCCUCCACGAACAUGUCAUCUCCAAGCGCACCCGAAACAGCCCCAUCGCCUCCCUGGAGCCGGUGAUGAUCCUCUUCAUCGAACUCUGCGUCGAUCUCCGCAAAGGCAAACUCGCAAAGGACGGUUUAUACCAGUACAAAAACACCGCGCAGAACACCAACGUGGGAACUAUUGAGCUUGUGUUCAAGAAGUUCAUCGAACUCGCCGAGCAAAAGGUCACCGAAGCCCAGGAAAAGGCCGAGAAAGUACAGGCCUCCCUCGAGGCUCCGGGUGAUGCUCAAAAUGUCGACGAUCUCGAGGCCACCGAGACUCCCGAGUCUAUUCUUCUUUCCACCGUCUCCGGCGAACAAUCUCGAGACCGAACCGACCGAGCCAUUGUAACUCCUUGGCUCAAGUUCCUCUGGGAGACCUACCGUACCGUUCUGGAUAUCUUCAAAAACAACGCGCGUCUUGAAAUCAUGUAUCAGUCGACCGCUCAACAGGCCUUCCAGUUCUGCUCCAAGUAUGCCCGAAAGACCGAGUUCCGCCGUCUUUGCGAGCUUCUGCGAAACCAUCUCCAGAACGCUGCCAAAUUCUCCUCGCAGAUGCAUGCUAUCAACCUAUCAGAUCCCGAUACUCUGCAGCGUCACCUCGAUACUCGUUUCCAGCAGUUGAACGUCGCAGUUGAACUUGAACUGUGGCAAGAGGCUUUCAGGAGUGUGGAAGACAUUCACACUCUGUUGAGCUUGAGCAAGCGACCUGCGAAGAACAUCAUGAUGGCCAACUACUUCGAGAAGCUUACGCGUAUCUUUUUGGUCAGCGAGAACUACCUUUUCCACGCCGCUGCCUGGAGCCGAUACUACAACCUGCUCCGGCAAUCGGCUGCCGCGGUUGCUUCUGGCCAGAGCCCCAAGAAGGACAACCCUGUGGUCACUGAGGCGGAUAUGACGGAAAAGGCAUCUUUCGUUCUGCUCUCUGCACUCUCUAUCCCUGUCAUCAGCACCUCGCGAUCUCGGGGCGCUUUAGUCGAUGUGGAUGAGGCCAGGAAGAGCAAAAACAACCGCCUGACCAACUUGCUCGGCAUGUCACAAGCACCCACCCGAGCUAUUCUCUUCAAGGACGCUCUUAGCAAAGGUCUUCUCAAACGCGUUCGCCCGGAGAUCCGCGACCUGUACAAUAUCCUCGAAGUCGACUUCCACCCUCUAUCCAUCUGCAAGAAAAUCUCUCCAAUCUUGGCUAAGAUCGGCUCAGACGAAGAGAUGAAGAAGUACGUCGGACCACUUCAACAAGUCAUCCUCACCCGUCUGUUCCAGCAGCUCUCUCAAGUAUACGAUUCCGUUGAGAUCAGCUUCGUCCUCGACCUUGCCCAGUUCCCCGAGCCCUUCACCGUCAGCAGCGGCACAAUUGAGAAAUUCAUCAUGAAUGGAUGCAAGAAGGGAGAUCUCGCUAUUCGUAUCGACCACGCCACCGGUGUUCUUACCUUCGACUCUGAUGUCUUCUCCUCUGCUAAGGCUAUGCACCCGGGUUCUGGUGCUGGCUCAGCUGAGAGUGAGACUCGUUCUGUCCAACGCCUUCAGAGCACGCCAGCCGAGAUUGUUCGUUCCCAACUUACUCGACUCGCAAAGUCUCUCUACGUCACAUGCCAAUACGUCGAUCCCAGCUUCAAUGCCGAGCGAAAACGGGCCAAGGAGGCUGCUCUUCUCCGCACCAAGGAAGGCGCCGAGCAAGAACACCAAGACACUCUGGCCCGUCGUGAUAUGAUCGCUCAAAAGAAGGAAGCGGCGCAGAAGGCACAGCAGGCCAAGGAGAGCGAAGAGCAGAGCAAGCGCCUUCUUCGCAUCCAGCAAGUCAAAGAAGAGGAAAGCCGCCGCCUUGCCGAAGAACAGCGAUUGCGUGCACAGCAGCGCAUUGCGGCAGAGCAAGCCCGAGUACAACGUGAAGAGAUCGAGAAACAGCUCAAAGAGCUCAAGCAGGGCGUCAAGAUUGAUCUUGAGAUUCCAGAGGACAUCACUGAACUUGAUUCUGGUCGCAUUCGGGCUAUGAAGCUUGCUGCUUUGGAGAAGGAGAAGAACCAAUUGAGUGAGCAACUACGCAUUGCUGGCAAGAGGAUCGAUCAUCUUGAACGUGCUUAUCGCAAGGAGGAAAUCAAGCACCUCAAGGAUGACUAUGAGAAGCAAAUGGAGAAGGAUGCUCAGGCAUACGAGAAGGCAAAGGAAGAAGAGCUCAAGGCAGCAGAACAGAAACACAAGGACGAUGUUGCUUUGAAGCACCGUCUGUCACGACUGGUACCGACGUACCAAAAAUUUACUGCCGAAGUCAAGCAAGCCCGCAGGGCCGAAUUCGAGAAGCGCAGCAAGGUCGCACAGAAGGAGCUCGAGCAGAAGAAGGCGAAGCGCGUUUCAGAGCUCAAGGAGAAGAUGGCCAGAGAAAAGCGCGAGCGCGAGGAGGCAGAGCGCCAACAGCGAGAAGAAGAGGAGCGCGAGGCGGCCGAAGCCGAAGCCAAAGCGCAAGCCGAAGAAGAGAGGCGCGUCAGGAUGCAAGCAGAGAAGGAGGACCGCGAAGCGAGGAGACGGGAGCUGGACGAAAAGGCUGCUCUGCAGCGCCAGCGCGAGGAAGAGGCAGAGGCCAGACGUGCCGCGGCAAAGAAAUCUGGCUUCGGCGCAGAACGUUCCGAGGCUCGAGAGCCCGCUGCAGCCUCUGCAGGUGGUCCACCUAGACUUGCUCUUGCUGGAGGCAAGCCUUCGUGGCGUGAUCGUGAAGCCGCAAAGGCUCAAGCACCCGCAGAACCCUCGCAGGCUGCAGCGAGUCCUUCCGAGGCCGACGCACCCAAGAGGAGUGGAUACAUCCCACCUGCUCUUCGCAACCGUACUUCAGAGAGCCCCGCCAGCGGGUGGCGAGAGCGUGAAGGGAGCGGCCGGGGACCAGCAGGUGGCAACGAGCCUGCGUCUGGUCGUUACGAGCCCCCUUCCCGUGGCCGAUUUAGUGACUUGGACAAGGGCAGGACUCAAUCACCUGCUUCCGGUGGUGGAUAUGUACCGCCUGGUCGCCGCAACGUUCAGCCAGAGGGUGGCCGCAGCGAGAGUGCUCGUGGCCGAGAGGAGGAGCAGGAGUCCCAGCCUCCGCCAGCACAGGCUCCCAGUGGUGGAAAGUACAGGCCAGGUGCCUUCAAGCGCAAUCAAGGUUAA